AUGUUGCUACGUCUAUGGGAUAAUAUGGUACGACUGGAAAAGGCACUUACUGACCAUAAUACAUACAAAAUGUAUUCAACGAUUGUGACAGAAGGACUCAAUUUUGCAAUGGUUGAACCUGACGAUAACAAAUUUUCUGAGCAACCUAUUCUGGAUAUUGAACAAGUACGAAUUUUACCAAUGUCACAUAAAUAUAAAUCAUCUGCCAUGCAUGCUGGUCUGAUGAUUUAUUCUGUUGAUGGUCAAACAGAUUUUAUACUGAAUGAUGCUAUGUUACGUGUUAAAACAGGUGACAUACUUAUACAUCAAGUUCAUCAUGCACUUAGUGGACAAGAUGAUAUCGACAUAUAUCGGGAUUUAAUAAGAACAUUAUUUGGUACACAUCGUAUUAAUCUUGUUGGUUUGGUAUUUACAUUUAGCGGUAGUGGACAAUUUACUAAUGGUAUGAGAUGGACACCAAUGUCAUCUCAACAUACAUUACCUAUACAUCCAACUGAACAAAAAUUACUUGAAAUUGUACUCGUAACACUUUAUAUGAAUAAUGCAUGGUUAUCCAUGCCUAUGGCUGCACAUUCUGAUGUUGAAACAUUAUCUCAAUCAGCUAAAAAACAAUAUCUUUUAAAAUUAGGUGAAAUAGAACAAGUAUUUAAUAAACGACGACAGCCACAAGAAAAAUCAUAUUAUUCAGCACUACCGAAUCUAUUAAGAAUGGGUCAUCAUUCAGGCGAUAAUUUUCGAUCAUUUGAAUGGACACCAUCUAGACAACAGGCGUUCGAUGAAACUGUUCAACAUUUACUUGAUGAGCUGUACAAUCUUAUUCAACAAGUAUUUCAAGACGGAGAAUUCGAUAAUGAUCAAUAUGCAUAUUACGAUGAUAGUACAAAAAGAUUAUUUUCAAAUUUAGUUAAUAAUUCUGCACAAUCACAAGCAUAUUCUGUACCACCUCCAUCUGUAUACUCCGCUCAGCCACAAGUAUAUUUUGCACCGACAUUACCUGUGUACUCCGCACAGCCACAACCAUAUUCUGCACAACCGUCAAUGUAUUCUGCACGAAGGAAUUAUUUCGCACAACAACAGUAUCAAUGA